CUUCUUAUUGUUAUUAUCAUAAACGUAACUAAACAAAAUUAGUAGUUCAUUUUUUUGUUUGGCUAUAUCAAAUUUUCUUUCUAAAAAAUAAAAAUGCCAAACUAACAUUUAUACUAUACUGCAGUAGGAAUCAAUCUAUUUGUAAUUUUAGUAGGGCUCUACAACAAUUAUUCAUGCCAAUUAAAAUAAAAUAAUUAAAAAUGCAGCGUGACCCAUUCCUCUACUCAACAAGUAUCGUGUAUCAAAUGUGUCUCUCUCUAUAUAUAUGUAUUGGUCUGCUUCACCUUCCAAAAAACAUUGAAUCCCUUUGGCCCAGUCUCUCUCUGAGCAAAUAUCUCUUUCUUGCACCCAAAGCAAAUCUUCUUCAUCUUCUUCAAAAUUCAUGUGAGUCUCCCAGAUAAUAGCAAACCAGGAGAAAAAAAAUAAAUAAUAUCAACUAAUUAAUUAAAUCUGACAUCAUGAGUUGCAAUGGUUGUCGUGUUCUCCGGAAAGGUUGCAGCGAGAAUUGCAUCCUCCGUCCUUGUAUUCAAUGGAUCGAAUCCGCCGAAGCUCAAGGCCACGCCACCGUCUUCGUCGCUAAGUUCUUCGGCCGUGCCGGUCUCAUGUCUUUCAUCUCCGCCGUACCGGAAUCUCAGUGCCCUGCUUUGUUCCAGUCCUUGCUAUACGAAGCUUGUGGGAGAACUGUGAAUCCGGUGAACGGCGCCGUCGGGUUGUUGUGGACGGGGAAUUGGAAUAUCUGUCAAGCGGCGGUUGAGACGGUUCUCCGCGGCGGUUCCUUGAGACCGAUCCCGGAGCUUCUUACAGGCGGGGGCGGGUUCGCGGGGUUUCCGUCUCCUACUUCCGACGAAGCAUCCGAGAUCUGCACGGAAAUGUUGAAUGGUUCUGGUGACCGGAAUAUCUACCAUCACUGCCGAUUCUCAAGUUCUAGAUCGAGAUCGACGGCUUCUCCACCGAAACGGAAACGAUUAGCAUCGGAACAACAACAACAACAACAGAAACCCUCGCCGGAGCUAGAUCUCUCUCUAAUCCCUAAUUUUCCGAUUAAAAUGGCGACGGUUAAGGAGGAAACGCGUCGACCGGAAACACCGUCGAUGUACUCGGAGGAAUCCGUGACGACGGGGUCGUUCUGGGAUAACACCGCCGGUGAACGGUUCGUACGCGGAGGAGGAGAAACGACAAAGUUGCUCAACCUUUUCGCAUGAACGGCGUCGUUUCGUUUUUGGUUAAAAAUGUAAUUUCGAGUAACUUUCUUCUUUUUUUUUCCCCUUUUGUGGAAUUCGGGAAAUGUGGCCAUCGGCAAAAAAAUUACGUGAUUUUUUUCUCUCUACUUAAUGAGAAAUUAACCACAAGUAAUUAAAUUAAUUGAGAGAAUAAUGAUAAUUCGUCGUCGGUGGUGUACUAGUGUACUAUUUUUCUCCAUAAUCAUCAUUCUCAUCAGUUUCGGAUUUAAAGAUAACGAUGAUAAUGUGUACGAGAAAUGAUAACUAUUGGUAGUAUUUAAAUUAUUUGUUUUUAUUUGAUCAUAUAUUCAACAUUAAUAAUAAUUAUUAUGAAAAGAAUAAUAAUGACGGAUGAAGUCAACAUAUACAUAAUGCCAUACAAUAUCAAAAGCACUGGCCAAUUCUUUGCAUCCAACAUACUUCGAUUCUUAAAGGACCAACAUGUUGCAUAUACACACGCGAUUAUAAUAUACACAACUUGGUGUAGAGUAUUUGAUAAUCACCUUGGUUACUCCCCAAAUAUAAAUUAUCUCCGGGUUUAUUAUCUUAAACUCACUAGCUACAUGCAUAACGAUAUGCUCCGAGAUACAAGACAAUUAUUACUAAUUAAUGUAUUAUAUUUCUUCACCCACUGACGUCGAUAUUGAGGUCUUUUGUAAAUUGUAACAUCCCAAAAUUCUGCAACCCUUUAUGAUUGGCUCAAGAACUAAUAAAACGAUUAACUAGCUAGGUGCAUUACAUAACUACAUUUUAUUAGAAUAUUGUAUAUGUAUAUAAUGGAUAUGGGAUUAUAUA